UUUUUUUUUUUUUAAUAAACAAUUAUUCAAAAUGGCUUUUUUUGCAUUUGUGGCCACUUUUACGACGUUUGCAGCAUUGAUUCUUGAAAUAUUCACUAUGAUUGGUAAUCUUGCCAAUCGAGCUUUUUUACGUGAUCUUUUCUUUGCCAAACUUAUUCUUCCAGAUGGUACUUUUUUCACUUUUGGUCUAUGGAAUUAUUGUAUGGGAAACAAAGGUGAUCUUACAUGUUCUACUCCAGAAGCUGCCUUUGUUUGGACAAGUGUACCUCAAUUAGCAUCUUAUUUGAAAGGAUUUGAUGGACAAGAUAGAUUAUUUAUGGCUUCAUUUGUGCUUUAUUGGAUUGGCAUUGGACUGACUUUAUUCGCCUUGGUCAUCACUCUCUUUUCUCAUUUCCGUCGUAGUAGUGAUGUCUGUGCCUCUUUUGUAUGUAUUAUUUCCUUCGUUGUUAUAUUGGCUGCAUUUGUGAUUCUCAUUGUAGUAUCUGCUUGGGGCAUCCGCAUGGCGAAGGAAAAUAGCUCCAAUGCUAUCGAUGGUUAUUUAGGUCCUUCCACUUGGAUGACUCUUGGUGCUAUGGUGGCUCUUUUAUUAUCUUCUGUUUGGUACUUUAUCAGUUGUUGUUGUGGUUCCGGUCGUCGUGUUAGAGAUGUGAACAAGGCCUAAUCUAGUUUAUGAACAGUUUUGUUUAUUCCCUUUUUCCAUUACAAACUGUUUAUUUUACUUUUAUGCACAUCCAUGAUUUGUUAUUAUUUAUACUUACCUUUUUGCUCUGUAUUUAUUAUGUAUAUUUUUUUUAUUUUUAUUUUUUUUACUGCAUCCCUUACUUUUUAGUUAUUAUGAAUAAAAUUUAUUAUUGAAUUGAUGACCUGA